CACUGUGGUUUUGAUAUGCAUUUCCCUAAUGAUGUUGAGCCUCUGGUUAAGAAUGCAUGUGGUAAACCAGGCAUGGUGGUGCAUACUUGUAAUCCCAGUGUCUUGGGAAACUGAGGCAGGAGGAGCAGGAGUUAAAAGCCAGCCUCAGCAAUUGAGUGAGGCCCUAAGCCACUUAGUAAGACCUUGUCUCUACAUAAGAUGUAAAAAAUGACUGGGGAUGUGGCUCAGCGUUUAAGCACCCCUGGGUUCAAUCCCUGAAAAAAUGUGGUAAUUUCUAGGGAGAGCACUAAAAUAAUACUACUAUAAAAAUAUAGUAGGAAAAAUGGAAUAAUCAAAAAGAAUGCCAGAAGGAAGAGAUAUAAAUAACUAAAAAAACAAUGAAAAUCUUUUAAUGCUAAUCAGUACCUUUAUAGGAUAGAGUUCUCUGAGGUAGAAGGGGAAAAUAAGAACAUUGUAGGCCACAUAAACAGGGGAAGCAAAAGUAGGGCCAGGAAAGAAUGCAGGGUAUCCAAGAAUACAAACUGGAAGGGAAAGGGGGACCAGAGAAAGUUCUACAGGACAAUGAAGAUUCAGUAACUGAAUCAGGGUUCUGGAAGUAGAUUGGUAAGUCUUGGGUGGGUAGUUUAAAGCCAUCUAAAGAACAUGUCUUGGUCAUGAAAAAGAUCUCUGAGAAGAACAAAGAAUAACAAUUCCUCAACCCAGGAAGGAUUAACUGAUUUUCCUCAGGCUUCCAAGGAGGCUGAGGCAAAGUUUGGCCUGAAGCAGGAUGUCUUUAGCACUGUCUGCAUCUCUGCCUCUUUACUUUCCUCAACCAUGAUCACGUCAUCCUCCACUCCUAGCAGUUGUUCUUCAGAAGACUUCUUGUGGUUCUUAAAUCUUUGCUUGAUCCAUUUAAAUACUGCCCAUCCUUCCAAACCCACUUCAGCUGGGCAUGGCAGUGCACACCUAUAAUACCAGCUACUCUGGAGACUAAGACAGGAGAAUCAAAAGUUCAAGGCCAGCCUCUACAACUUAGUAAGAGCCUGUCUCAAAAAGUAAAAAGGGCUGGAGAUGUGGCUCAGUGGUAAAGCAUUCCUGGGUUCAAUCCCCAAUACCAGGAAAAAGAAAUAAAAAUUAAAUUAAAUUGAAUAUUUUCUGAGUUCCUACUAUACACCUGUGCAAGGAAUGUAUUAAAUAGGUGGGGUUUCCAUCUUUAAAGAAGCUCCCAGAAAAGUGAAGAAAGAGACAAAAACAAAUUAUUUUGCUACAUUGUAGUCAGAGCCCUAAUAAAGGUUUGGUAGAAGGCAUCUAAUGCUGUUUAUGGACCAGGGAUGUGGGAAGAUCAUGGGGUUUGUGGGGGAGAUAAGAAGAAAGUCGAGCAAACUUCAUGGAAGAGUGAAGUAUAACUAGAAUGUAAAAUUUGUGAUUGAGGGCUAGGGUUGUGGCUCAGUGAUAGAGCACUUGCCUAGCAUGUGUGAGGCACUGGGUUUGAUUCGCUGCACCACAUAUAAAUAAAUGAAUAAAAUAAAGGCCUAUCAACAUCUAAAAAAUAUAAAAUUUGUGAUUGAAACAUUGGAUGGCCAGUUCAUGAAGGAUGUUAAGUGCCACACUAAAGAAUUUGCUCUGAUCCUAAAAGCUAUACAGAGUUGCUAAAUAAUUUAUUUGUAACAAGGGAGGGAUAUGGUCAGAUCUGUGUUGUAAGAAGAGCUGGUGUAGCUGUAAUAGGGAGGAUGAUAGACAUGAGGACAAGGAGACCAGUGAAGGAGAUCUCCUAUAGGAGACAACUACUCCCAUAUUCUGAUCCUGUCACCUGCCCCUGACAUCUACACUACCACCUUGCUACUGGGGGUGGAACAUCACUGUGAAUAUUUCAGUCUUCUUGGGAGUGUGUGGUCUGUAUGUGUGGACAGGGAGAGUGAAGCAGUAAUUGUGGCUAAAUCUGAAACAAGUAUAUCCAGACUUCAGACAAACCCCACCAGGAGGGCAAGAAACUCCAAAAGCCCUCAAGAGUAGCAGCAGCUACUUGGACAAUGGACAAAUGCCUGUUCAGCAAACACUGAGUGCCUACUGAAUGAGGGCAAGACUAGAAGCUUAAGUGUUUAUUCAACUUCUUUAGCUAUAAAAUGGAUUUCAUCAAAUUUACCUCACCAGAUUUAUUGAGGAUCAAAUGACCUAAAGUCCCUGGCACAUAGAAAGAACCCCAUCCUAUUCUUCCAAUUUUCAUCACAUAAAUCAUGAUAGGUAAGUCUUUCAAACUGACAGGAGAAGAAACAUAUUCAGAGUGAAUCAGUGACAACCAAGGUCAGAUCAUUCAGAGAAGUCUCAACCAGGAUGAGUUCAAACUGUAGCUCAUACAUGGUUUUAAUAACCAUGCAUUGGGUGUCUUCCACAUGCCUGGCACAUUGCUUUAAUUCUCACAACAACCCAUUGAUGUAGAUAAUCCAAAAACAAUGAAGAAGUUACAGAUGAAGAAACUGAGGCUGAGUGCAAAAAGGACCCACAUUGCCCAGGUCACCAGAAAAGUAAAGGCAAGAUUAGAGAAUGUCAAGGUUCAGGCAUUCGGAGUGGUCUAGAGGCAGAAGAAAGGGAUCCAACCUCAGGGAAUGGUACUUGGGGCCAAAGGAGCACACAAGGAGCUAAGAUAGGGAACAGGAGCCAGAAGCAGGCACAUCUAGGGUGAAGCUAGGCAAGGAGGAUGACACGAAGUCCUGAGACAGGAAACCCAAAUCUAGUUGUUGAAAUCAGAUGGAAGUGGUUCUUUUAAGUAGAUUUUAGUGAUCAAUUUUCCCUGAACCCUAACUUUUAAGAACAGGGUGGGGAGAAUUCAAAGUCUUAUUGUAGAAUAAGACACCUGAGUCUGAGGAAAGCUCCAGACUUGAAGUCUCAGUGAGUAAGUCCAAGAUAUGUCUGUGAAUCCCCCACUAGUGCCUGCCACAGAGAGGGCCUAAGAUGAUGAACAAGACUAAAUGCAUGAAAAAGAGCUCUGAAAAGUUAACAAAUUUGAGCCUGUUUCCCAUUCUGCACAGUGGUAUAUGGGAUUAACAAUAUACAGUGAUUGAGAGAAUGAUCUCAGGUGCCAGGCUUAAAUCCUCGUUCUGACAUUUACUGACUGGGUAGGUGAGGUACCUUCUGUUUUCCAUUGGGAAAUGGAGAUGUUAAUAGUAUCUACUUCACAGAAUUUUUAUGAAGAUUAAAUAACACAUGACACGUAGAAAAGUGCUUGGGAUAUAGUGGGCGCUCAGAAUGUUAAUUAUUGCUUUGAGGAUUUAAAUGGGAAAAUGUGAUGGUAACCAUGUCUAGUUCAGAAAUCUUCCACCCACUGCAGGAGGGGCUUUUGUUCCCCUCACCCUGGGUCUUUAUGGGAUAGAAUAGUCUUUGCAAAGGGAGCCAGGGGCCAGCGUGGGGAGGGAUUUCUAGGGAUCAUCCCUCUCCUUGUGGGCGGGAGAUCCGUUCUCCCUACGCUUUGUUAGACAGGAUAGGGCGCCCUCUCCUGAUCAAAUGUGAGAACAGCACUGGCCCAGAAUUUUGGGGGUGGGCCUCACAGGGUCUCUUCCCAAGGCUGAAAGGGCCCAACACCCUCUGAGGAGCAGUUUGGAGGAGGGGCGCUGAGGCAAAUCUGCCUUAAUGUUUCAGAACGGCGAGGUGAAAUCAUUCAUUUAGAAUGUGGGUGGAAGACGAGAAAAACUGGGGUCAGGGAAUGAUAAAAAUCAGGGCCCUGUUCGAUUAAUUUUAUGUUCUUUCAACAGGUGAUGGGACGCCGCAGAGAGGGCCUCCUGGUCAGGAUUCCUCCCAGGUGCUGCGGAUGGAGGCGUGGGGUAGCCUUGGAACCCCGUAGACUAUUUUCGAAUCCCAGCUCUGCCAGUAAAUAGCCUGUGACUUUGAGUCUGACAAGAUGUACCAGGUCCCACUGCCACUGGAUCGGGAUGGAACCCUGGUCCGGCUCCGCUUCACCAUGGUGGCCCUGGUCACAGUCUGCUGUCCACUUAUCGCCUUCCUCUUCUGCAUCCUCUGGUCCCUGCUCUUCCACUUCAAGGAGACAACGGCCACACACUGUGGGGAUGUUCUCUGCGGCCUCCCAGCCCUUGGACCCCGAUGGAACUGUGUUCCGGCUCCGCUUCACAGCCUUGGUCUGGUGGGUCAUCACUUUCCCUGCGUUCGGCUUCUUCUUCUGCAUCAUCUGGUCCCUGGUGUUCCAUUUUGAGUACACAGUGGCCACUGACUGUGGGGUGCCCAAUUAUCUGCCCUCGGUGAGCUCAGCCAUCGGCGGGGAGGUGCCCCAGCGCUAUGUGUGGCGCUUCUGCAUCGGCCUACACUCAGCACCCCGCUUCUUGGCAGCCUUUGCCUAUUGGAACCACUACCUCAGCUGUGCUUCCCCGUGUCCUGGCUACCGCCUGCUCUGCCGCCUCAACUUUGGCCUCAACGUCGUGGAGAACCUCGCACUACUAGUGCUCACCUACGUCUCCUCCUCUGAGGACUUCACCAUCCAUGAAAAUGCUUUCAUUGUGUUCAUCGCUGCUUCCCUCGGUCACAUGCUCCUCACCUGCAUUCUCUGGCGGCUGACCAAGAAGCACACAGAUCGCAAGUCCUACAGCUGGAAACAGCGGCUCUUCAUCAUCAACUUCGUCUCCUUCUUCUCGGCACUGGCUGUCUACUUUCGACACAACAUGUAUUGUGAGGCUGGAGUGUAUACCAUCUUUGCCAUCCUGGAGUACACUGUCGUUCUUACCAACAUGGCGUUCCACAUGACAGCCUGGUGGGACUUCGGGAACAAAGAGCUGCUCAUAACCUCUCAGCCUGAGGAAAAGCGAUUCUAACACCUUUGCUGCUGGGAGAAAGCAGCUCACUGCCUAGAAACAAGAAACCACUCUGGCCUUCCCCAUACCCGUGUCCUCUCUGGGUCCUUCUGAAACUGGGGAUAGGGAAGAAGGGCAGCAGGGCAUAGGACAAGGCUGACCCCAGGAUUGCUGGCUUCUCCUCUUCAACCCUCACACAGCCACAGGGGCCUUCAAGUAACAUCAUUCUAAACUGACAGGCCCCAAGAAGCUGAGCUGGAAGGAGAGCUCCACCACUUGGUGCUAAAAAAAGUUCUGAGGUUUAUGACCACCAUCCAAUUUUUGGCUUUUACUGAGGUCAGGGACUACUGAACAGUGGCUGCAACUUCAAAACCACAGCCAUAUCCAUGUCAUUCACUUGACUAGCGUCUAAUGAUCUUCCAUGCCCAUCUAGGCCUGUGGCUAUAGUCCCCUGCUGAGUUUGCUCAAGUGUUUUAGUCCUGACUUCACCUCUUUUAUUUAGUGUGGGCCCUAGGGUGUGUACCCUUACCUAUCUGAGCCUCAGUGUGUCCAUGUGUAUGAUGGGGGGAGGUGGCAGUUUUUGAUCCCCAAUGGUUCUGCCAGUGUGGUUCUGAUAUCAUCUGAUGGAAGUGGUCUAUACCUGAAGGAUGACCUGUUCCAGAAAAAGCACCAGCACAGCAUGUAUUUCUCUUCCCUUCUGAAAUCACUGGCCUACAGACCCUUCCUCCUUUGCAAAGGUAUGGGGUGGAGGGGUCAGAGGCACAGUUCCUACCCCAACAUGAGCUUUCUGGUAUCUAUCUCCCUAUUGCCCCACACCUUGAGCUCUUUUGGUUGUACAUUUUAUUUCAAAUGAAAAUAAAUUUUUUUUUCUUUUG